UAUGAGACUCGCAAUCAUUGAGAAGAACUUUAUUGGAGAGAAUGUGACAAACACUCACAAGAAAGAGGCAGAAAGCAUUCCGAAGUCUAAAGAAUCUUCUGGAUUAAGGCUAAAUGAUGAAAACAGCUCUGCAGAUAGUAAAUGAAAUUAUCACUUGAAAAUUCCAAAUAUGAUUCAAAGAAAUGCUAAUGUCUACUUCGAAAAUGGCGAGAAAAUACAGAAGAAUAUGUUCGUAAAGACUCAAAAUGAAUCUGAAUAUAUUAAAACAAAUGCUAAUUCUGGAUUAGCAUCUUGUAAGGAUUUCGACCUUCUUCACAAUGAUGCUAUGGAGAGUCAUCGACUUGAAGAAUAUAAUUCUUCUCAUUUAGAGACCGAAGAGUAUAAAGAUAUCCUUGAGACAAACCAAGAUUUACCUGAUAGAUGUGGUCUCAAAGCUCUAGAAAACAAAUAUAGCAAACUGUGGAAGAACAUAGAGCAAGACACAAACAAUGUGGACUCUUCAAUCUACAUCGGAGAUCCCACAGAUUUUGGCGUUGAAUGUUCGGCCAACAAAGUAGGUGAGACUUCUUGAAAAGAGAAACUAGCAAAAAUUAUUUCCUCCAACAUGAAAAAUCAGCCUUCAUUCUCAGAGGUGAAGAGUAGACUUAUCUAUGAGAGUUACAAACCAAUGAGGCUGAUCAAAAUCAAGUGUGAAGAUGGGUCCCACAAGCAAUACGUUGAUUUGAAGAGGUUGCAUAAAAUUAAUAUUCUUCAAAAAGAAUCUACAUUGCUGAAAUUUAAAGUUGCCAAAUCAUCUGCUAGAGCAGGAAAAUACCAAGGGAAUAAUCUUCUGGAAUACACUGAAGGAGCCACUGUGCAGAUAUGAUGUCCUUAUUCAUCUCAGAUGGCAUACGGAUUCGUUGUCCAGAAGGAGUAUGACUUCGAGUCCUUUUCCAAAAUGGAAAUCGGCCUACUUGAUCUUUGAAACUUAGACAAAAACUGUAUUUCCGAAUUUCCGGAAGGAAAGAGAACUUUUCCUGAACGAUUCUGGAAAUUUAUCUCUGACGAGAGCAUAAAAUAUAGCAAGCAGAAGCAGUUUGACACUGAGGAGGAUUUAUGCGAGCUUGAAUUCGAACACGAAAACACCCAGAUGCAAAUGAAGCAGAUUGCGUAUUGAACCCACGAUUUUAAUUCUCAAAAUAAUGAACAUCCUCUUGAAUUUGAUGGAUUUGAUUAUGACAAUUGGGCGGAGUCUUCUCACAAAGUUUUGAUUCCAUUCUUGAGUUGAAGCUUCAACGAUAUCAUAAUCACUACAAGAAUUCCUGAUGAGCAUGGAUGGCUAGAAGGAUACAGAGCGAAUGAUCCUGAAAUGAGUAUAAAACUGAUUCAUAAAGAUUUUAUUAGGUUUAUGCAGAUCUAACUCUUCAUUGAAUGCUUUAAAGUGUGAAUCAAAUAUUUAGGUGAAAACAUCUCAGAAAUACUCUUAAUGACAUUUUCAUAUGAACUA